CGCCAUUUAAACGUUGGCGCAAGCCUGGAGAGCGAAGAGACAAAAUAUUUUUGUUUUUUCCUAUCAUCCUGGUUCUGUUUGGUUCCACAUUUCGUUUUAGUUUACCAUCGUAAGCCUUAGCUUAACACGUAGCAGUAAGCCAUAGACGCAGCAAAAAGACGUAUGCGAUGAUCCCGAGAACUAAAGUGUUUGUAGGCAGCUUGCCACCUGCGACGAAGCCGGAGGAAGUUCGCCGGUUGUUCGAAAACUAUGGCGUGGUGACGGAAUGCGACGUCAUGAAUCGAUGCGCGUUCGUCCACAUGCAGAAUCAAGAUAUGGCCGAAAGUGCGAUCCAGGCGCUGCACAACACCACCUUCAAGGGUGUGACGAUCGUGGUUGAACGUGGCCGCGUCCGGGAGCGGCCCCCGGGAGGUGUUGGUGGCGGCGGCAUGGAUAGUGCGCGUGGUCGUCCCGGCGCCGGUCCAAUGCGAGGCUCACGCGGUGGAAUGCGCAGCCAACCGUAUGGUGUCGGUGGCUACGGAGCAGCACGCGCACCGGGAGGCUAUGGGGCACGUGCAAAUUAUGGCACCGGAGGUCGCUACGAUGGAGGUUAUAGCUAUAGGAAUGAUGUUGGAUACAGUACCUCCAGUAACGCGUAUGGGUACGGGUACAGUAGCAACGGUGGCGGUUAUGGAAGUACUCGCCACACUAGCAGCGAGGAUCGCCGCGGCUUCACGUUACCAUCCUAUCCCUCCGACCCGAGCCGGGGUACGUACGGUAGCAAUUACGAUGGCUAUUCCAACUACGAUGGCUACAGCAGCUAUGGUUACGAUACCACACAAGGAUCCUCUAGCUACCAGCGAUGGCCAUCUACAGCUGCACCAGCGGCAGAUAGCUACUCAUACGCUGGCGGCUACUCACAAGCAUCAGUGGACCCUGGGGCCGUCGGUCAAAGUACAGAUUAUAGUCAAUCUUAUCCUUCCAUGAGUGGUAGCUCAUCCGGAUACCGUGCAACUGCAUCCGCAUCUCCACAAUCCUACCGCAAUUCCGUUUCCGGUUACGGACAGCCCACGUCUGGCAGAAGAUUCUAACAAGGUGCCAACGGACCAGCAUGAAAAUGUGUGAGAUCAACAGCAGUAGUAGUCUUACAUGUUUCACAUGCAGCAUAAUGUCCCCUCAACCUCAGGCCGCCAGGAUCUUUAACAAACACCGUUCACAGUUGCAACAAUUGCUGUUUGUUGCUAUCGAUCAUUAUCUUAAAACAAAUUCAUCAUCUUUAUUAUUGCUCACGAACUUCCUUAUUAAACUCCUUUUAACAGUUUUCGAACACAUGAAGGUGUAGACUACAUCGAAAGCUGUUACUGUCGCCCUUACACCAAUUCUGGAUUUUGAGUAUGAAAGUGAAAACAUCAUAAUUUACUUAAUAUAACUACCAUAAUGGUGCAGUUUACAUACCAUACAACCGGUCCCUGUAUGACAGUGAGUUUAUAAUUUAUUACUGUUGGUUAUUGCCGCAUUUUCGCUGUUGCUAAUUUUUCUCAUUCAAAAUUUGCACCCAUUUAAACCGCAACACAAUCGUGCCGUCGACAGGAAACUCAUUUCAUUUUCUUCAGUGGUUUUUUUUCGUUACAAUUCUUAACUGAGAGUAGGAUUACAUUUUUGGUACCGGAAUACGGAAAGGGUCACACUGGCUGAAAGCUGCCAGGGAAAGAUAAGCCAGUGCGCAAGAGAUUAGAAAGACAAAAGGGACGACAGGGCGAUGAUAUUGCACAGCGGUCUACGUCUAUAUACAGAGCGGUAGAAUAAUAUAGACUGGGAUUUGGCCCCAGGAAAGAAUGUUUUGUUAGACAUCAAGAAGUAGAGUGAGCAUUUUGUGUUUUUUAUAUCCAAUUAUUUCACUUGGCCAACAACGUUCUGGAAAAAAAAACAACUAUUCUCUAGUGUAUUUAUAUAUAUAUAUAUACAUUACAAACGAUUAUAUUUACGAAAUCAACGUGCAGAAUGGCAAUCCAGCGGGACAAGCAAACCGGAAAACACAUCCCCCGCAGUGGUAUCGCUCGAUCUGUAAUAUACGCAUCCUCAUUCACACGUAAAAACAGACACACAUACAUACAGUAAAACACACAUACACACACACACACACACACAAACGUACACUUGCAUAACACGCGUACAGAAUUUUUUGUUUUGAUAUAGUAUAAUAAAAUCGA